AUGUGGAGCAACGUUGACCCUUUGUCAGUGGAGGAACCUUCAGGACCCGGGGAGGAGGAGGAGGAGGAGAGAGGAGCCGCAGGAGAGUGGACCCCCGAGGCUCCGGUUCCGGGGAAGGUGUUACGAGCUCACGGCGACGCCGUCACCGCCGCUCGGCUCUGCUUCAACGACCGCUGCGUCCUCAGCUGCUCCUCAGACUGCACCGCCAUCCUCUGGGAUGGGGAGACCUGCAGACCUCUGAGGAUGUUUGAUGGAGUUCAUGGAAAAACCAUCACUGAGUGUGCCUUGAUCCCAAACAGCAACAGGAUGGUUACAGUCUCCUGGGAUAAGACGAAGGUGGCCUGGGACCUGGAGACGGGACAGACUCUGUGGAAGUCGAGGCAGGUCGGCCUGCUGACCUCCUGCAGCGUGUCGUCUGACGGCCGGUUGGUUGUUUGUGCCGCAGACCCACAGAACGGAGUUUACAUCAGCGAUGCCGCCAGCGGACAGACACUGCACCACAUCAGCGAUCAUCACCGCUCCACCAUCACACGGUGCAGGUUCGACCCUCAGAGCCAGCGAGUGGCCACGGUGUCUGCAGACCGGAGCAUCAAACUGUGGGACCUGCUGGCUCAGAAGACCACCGUGUCCAUCGACAGUAAACACAGCAAUGUCGUCUCCGACUGCUCCUUCACCAAUAAUGGACACUUCCUGUGCACGGCAUCAUGGGAUAAAACGCUAAAGCUGUGGGACCUUCAGGCGGGGGGGUUUCGAUCUCACGGCGGGACAACACUUCAGAGAGGCCACGAAGGCAGCGUGAGCUCCUGCAGCUUCUCUGCUGACGCAAGCCUGCUGGUGUCCGGCUCCUACGACAGGACUGUUGCACUCUGGGAUACGUCCUCCGUCUGUCCGACACUCGUUCUGAAGGGCCACAGUGAUUGGGUGACAGACGUGUCAGUCGGUGCCGACAGGAAGUUGGUUGCCUCUGCCUCCAAGGACGGGACUGUCAGGUUAUGGGACAUAGAGAACAUGGAGGAGAUCCCAGAGGUCAUGGAGAGGAGGAGGACUGAAGGAUCGGGGAUUCACAUCCUAAAGUGUGAGGAGUGCGGAAAGCCGUUCCCGGUGUCCAGACUACAGACCUCAGAGCUGCUGACUCAGUGUGUCUUCUGUCGACUCAAAUCACCCUCCAGAUACCGACCACAGCCUCCACCUCUCAUGUGA